AUGUUGUUGGUGAUACAGAGCACCUGUCUCGGAGAACCCAAUCCUCUGGAUAACUGGCAUGAGAUAUACGGUCCUACAUUUACCGCUGGAGGGUUUUUCGGUACUCAGCGUAUUUACUCGAAAGACAUCAAAGCCAUUCAACAUAUCAUGCGAAAUGACCAGAUUUACUUGAAACCUCCCGUUAUGCAAAACAUCCUCAAAGGUAUCCUAGGAGAAGGCGAUAUCAUUGUUGCUGAAAGGGAGGAACAUAAAAUUCAACGCAAGGUCAUGAAUCCCGCUUUUGGUCCCACCCAAAUUCGAGAGUUGACUUCAACGUUUUUUGAGAAAUCAAUCGAAAUGCGAGAUAUUUGGAACUCUCGAAUCACAGCUGAAGGCUUCGGAAAGAUUGACUCGGUCUAUUGGCUCAGCAAGGUAACGGUGGACAUAAUCGGAUUGACAGGCUUCAAUUAUCAUUUCAACGCUCUCAAUGAUCCUGAUCAAACGAACGAGUUGAACCGAGCGUUCACGACUAUGUUUCACUCAGGCGAGUGCAUACAGCGUAAAUGCAGAGAGAUCAUGAUGGAAAGUAAAGCAUUUUUGGCUGCCACUGGCGAGAAAGACAAUGGUUGGGGCACCAAGAACUUGUUGUCGCUAAUUCUCAAGUCUAAUAUGAGUUCCAAUACGCCGAUGAGUGAUGAAAUAUUUGCUAACCAGUUUUCAGAGAUACCGACCUUCUUAAUUGGAGGGCAUGACACGACUAGCCUUGCAACUAAUUGGGCUCUUCUCGAGUUAGCUCUGCACCAAGAUAUCCAAAGCAAACUCGGGCAAGAAAUUCUUUCGGUGCCCACUGCGAUGCCUAGCGUAGACGAGCUGAACGCGCUUCCUUACCUCGAUGCAUUUGUUCGCGAGACGAUGCGUCUUCACUCGCCAAUCACAACUGUUAACAGGGUCGCUACGCAGGAUGAUAUCAUUCCACUGUCAUACGCGUUCACGGAUCGUAGCGGUAUCGUCCAUAGCGAACUCCCCGUCCGCAAAGGUCAACUUAUCCAUCUCACGUUACACCAGGUUAAUACCGACAAGUCUCUGUGGGGACCCCAUGCUCGUGAAUUCAGACCUGAUCGUUGGCUCAAUGUACCGAGUGGUGUCCAGGCCAUCCCCGGUGUAUGGAGCAAUCUGUUGACAUUUUGGGGUGGAACGCACGGGUGUAUUGGUUGGCGCUUCAGUGUCACUGAAAUGAAAGUUUUUCUUUUCGUCUUGCUUCGAAGCUUUCACUUUGAACUAGGCGUUCCAAAGGAUGAGCUGACGCUACCACUCGAGACUGCUUUUUACAAAUGGCCAGAGAUUGUCAUCACAAACAGAUGCAAACCCGACAUCAACUAUAUUCAACCGUACCGACGAGGUUUUAGAACCUACUGCAUAUGUACUGAGGUUACGAUCAUAAUACUGAUCACAAGUUUCGAGGAAGAGUGUAACGCAGCCAUUCCCUCCUUUAACUUAAAGAUGUAG